AGAAACUACUCUCUCUCUCUCUUCAGCUUGGUCAAAUAUGUAGCCGCAUACUCUUACGACCUCGCACAAGGACAUAUCUUCAUCAUUUAAUCCAACUUCCAGCUUCUUAAUUCUCAUCCCCUCCAUCAAAUUUUAUCAUUUGUUAAACAUACAUCCACUUUUUUUCUCAUGGAUGACGUAGAAGUUCCCCAGUAUUUCAUCUGCCCAAUAUCUCUUCAGAUCAUGAAGGACCCUGUGACAGCCAUUACAGGCAUCACGUACGACCGGGAGAGCAUCGAGCACUGGCUAUUCCAGAGCAAGAACAUCACAUGUCCCGUCACCAAACAGCCACUCCAGAAAGACUCCGAACUAACGCCUAACCACACGUUGCACCGCUUAAUUCGGGCAUGGUGCACUGAGAAUGCCUCCUACGGCAUUGAUCAAAUACCAACUCCGAAAACACCUCUCAACAAAGCUCAAGUCCUCAAGCUCCUCAAGGACUUCUGGCACCCUCAGCUCCAGCUGAAGAUUAUCAGAAAGUUGGAGCUCCUCGCGGUGGAAAAAGAAGGGAAUAGGAAGUACAUGGUGGAAGCCGGCGUGGCUAAUGCCAUGUUAUUAUUCAUUACAAACAGAUGUUACAAGAACGACCAGGUGGAUGGCCUAGAAGAAGCCCUUAGCAUACUUCACUUUGUUCGGAUUUCGUCUGAAGAAUUAAACCGUCACUUUAUGGAAAACAAUCAGAUCAUCGAUUCGUUGACAUGGGUUUUUGGUUGCGAAAUUGAGAAUCAAAUCACGGUGAGUACGUAUGCGGUGUUGGUCCUAAAAUAUAUCAUCCAAAAGGCAAACUCAAGCGUGCUAGAAACCCUAAACCCUGAUUUUUUUAAGAAACUUGUUGGGGUUUUGAGAAAUGGGGUCACAGAACAAGGGAUGAAUGCAGCUCUACAUGUCAUGUUAGACGCUUGUCCUUGGGGAAGAAAUCGAAUCAAGAUGGUCGAAGUUGGGGCUGUUCACGAGCUCAUCGAGCUUGAAUUUGGUGCACCGGAAAAGAGAACAACGGAGCUCAUUUUUGGUAUAUUGUUUCAUUUGUGUUCUUGUGCUGAUGGGAGAGCUCAGUUUGUUAGUCAUAAAGGAGGCAUCUCUGUUGUGUCAAAGAGACUCCUUAGGGUUUCUCCAGCAGCUGAUGACCGAGCAGUUUUGAUCCUUUCUAUGAUAUGCAAGUACUCAGGAACCAACUUGGUGCUUCAGGAGAUGUUGGAAGUUGGAGCUGUUGCUAGGCUUUGCACUUUGAUCCAAGUUGACCGUCCUCCAUACUUGAAAGGCAAAGCAAGGGAAAUCCUUAGAUCACAUUAUGAGGAGUGGAAGAACUGUCGUUGUCUUGGUAAUUCUCUGUAUCCCAAAUGACCAAAUACAAAAUGUGUUCAUACGAAUUAAAUCUACCUACUGUUUAUGAUAUGUUCAAAACUUGAGGGGGUUUUGUGAAAACACAAAAAACCUCAAGGGAUGUAUGUGUAAUUAAUUCCUGUUUUCACAACAAUAAUGUCAACCACCUUCAUUCUCUGAAA